GCACAGGCGCGCUCGUGUUAGCGGGUGGCUGUCAGUGCGCGCGCCCCCUCUCUCAUCUACUCCCUGUCAGCGCUUCCGCCACACGCGCAGCACCCGAGCGCGCUCCCGACUCUCCGUCUCUUUCACGUUGACUCCCGAGUUACCCGCUGCCUGCUCACCAUGAAUGAGGAAUACGACGUGAUCGUGCUGGGCACCGGCCUCACGGAAUGUAUCCUCUCUGGUAUAAUGUCUGUGAAUGGCAAGAAGGUCCUGCACAUGGAUCGAAACUCGUACUAUGGAGGAGAAAGUGCUUCUAUUACACCUCUGGAAGAUUUAUACAAAAGGUUUAACAUCCCUGGGAGUCCCCCUGAGUCCAUGGGACGUGGAAGAGACUGGAAUGUGGAUCUUGUUCCUAAAUUUCUCAUGGCAAGUGGUCAGUUGGUCAAGAUGCUGCUUUACACAGAGGUUACUCGCUACUUGGACUUCAAAGUCAUCGAGGGAAGUUUUGUGUACAAAGGUGGAAAAAUCUAUAAGGUGCCUUCCACAGAGACAGAAGCUCUGGCAUCCAGUUUGAUGGGUUUGUUUGAGAAACGUCGCUUUAAAAAGUUCCUAAGCUAUGUGGCUAACUUUGAUGAGAACGAUUCAAAGACACUGGAAGGAGUUGACCCAAAGAAAACAACCAUGCGUGAUGUAUACAAAAAAUUUGACUUGGGCCAAGAUGUGGUUGACUUUACAGGCCAUGCUCUUGCUCUUUACAGGACUGAUGACUAUUUGGAUCAGCCCUGUCUGGAGACUAUAAACCGGAUAAAGCUUUACAGUGAAUCUCUUGCUCGAUAUGGCAAAAGCCCUUACCUUUAUCCACUCUAUGGCCUUGGAGAGCUGCCACAGGGAUUUGCAAGACUGAGUGCUAUUUAUGGUGGUACCUAUAUGUUAAACAAACCAAUAGAGGAAUUGGUGAUGGAAAACUGCAAAAUUGUUGGUGUGAAAUCAGAAGGAGAGGUUGCUCGUUGCAAACAACUUAUAUGUGACCCUAGUUAUGUUCCAAAUCUUGUCACUAAAGUGGGUCAAGUUGUACGUGUAAUCUGCAUUUUGAGUCACCCAAUAAAGAACACAAAUGAUGCUAACUCCUGCCAGAUCAUCAUCCCUCAAAAUCAGGUCAACCGGAAAUCUGAUAUCUAUGUGUGCAUGAUCUCAUAUGCACAUAAUGUGGCUGCACAAGGAAAAUACAUUGCUAUAGUAAGCACUACUGUUGAAACGAAUGAUCCUGAGAAAGAAAUCAGGCCUGCUCUGGAACUGCUUGAACCCAUUGAACAGAAGUUUGUUAGCAUUAGUGACAUAUAUGGACCUACUGAUUUGGGAACUGAAAGCCAGAUCUUUAUUUCACGCACAUAUGAUCCUACAACCCAUUUUGAAACUACCUGUAACGACAUAAAGGAUAUCUACAAGAGAAUGACUGGGUCAGAAUUUGACUUUGAUGAGAUGAAACGCAAGAAAAGUGACAUCUUUGGGGAAGACCAGUGAAGAUUAACUUAACUAGGAAAAAUUCUGAAUUGGCUACAAACAUGUAUUUCAAGAAUUUAGGAACACUGUAUGAAACUGAAUAAUGUAACACCUGCUUUUUGUAAAAACCUUUUGAAAUUCAUGAGCAUUGCACUGGUAAAUUCUCCCUUUUUGCCCUGAUUUUUUUUUUUUUUUUUUUUUUUUUGAGGCUGCUGUCCAGAAAUCAAGUUUUACGUUCCUGGCUACAUUUAGAUUUCAUAUAGCAUAGAAAUAGUUCAGAUUUACCCAAAAUGUUUACUAUCGAGUGAAAUAAAUAACUAAAACAUUUUCGUUUUUUUUUUUUUUUUUUUCUCUCCUUUGGCAGUCACUUGAAUAUGCUGUAUAAUGAAGGAUUGUUUUUGUGACAAAUUGCAAGAAAUCUAUUUACUAGGCAAUCAUAUUUCACAAGGCACUAUAUUUUGGGCAGCAUCUCUUCAUGAACUUUCUCCUUUCUGUGUAGUUUGUGUCCAAAACACCCCCUCAUCCCCCCAACAUAGAAUCUCACACUUUGAGUUCUAACAUUUUAAAAUAUUAAUACCAGCUGCUAAUGGUUGGGCUCUUUACAUUUUUUGUUUUAAUCAAAUUCACAAACGCAAGUAUUAAGCAGGCAAGAAUUGUAUAUGUUUAUGUAAUCUCCUCACAACUUAAAAGGACCAAACGGGAAGUGCAGUAUUGAUUUGACAGAGCCCUACCCUCUAAAGUGUUGCUUAAUAGGGUUUAACAUGAUUUCUGUACUGCAAAGUAAAGCCAAAUUGUGGAAAUC